AGUCUCGAGACCUCUCCGGUGCCGCGCGGCUUUAAAUCGCGCGCGUACCUUUAGCCGUGCACCGCGCACCCUCACGGGCUUGCGCAGUGAUCACUGCGACCGCACAGUCGCUGCGCGCGUUCAAAUCGCCGCGCGAGCAGCUGUGCGCCAAAGCCCCAGCUAGCCACAUAAGCAAAAGCGCGCGCGACGCCGCGCGCAAGUUAAGAUGGCCGCCAUGGAGCUCGAAACGGGAAAAGUCGACGAGGCCCUCUACAGCCGCCAGCUCUACGUCCUAGGGCGGGAGGGCCAGUCGAAGAUGGCGUCGUCGACGGUGCUGGUUUGCGGCCUGACCGGCACCGGAGCCGAGCUCGCGAAGAACGUGAUCCUGGCGGGCGUCAAGGCCGUGACGCUGUACGAUCCUACUGCCGUGACGCAUCGAGAUCUUGGCGGGAAUCCCUACGCGCGUAUUGCAGACGUCGGCAAGCCGCGGGCCGACUGCUGCGCUCCUCGGUUAGCUGAACUGAACCCCUACGUUACUGUAAGUGUGAUGAAGAACGGGUCUUCCGGUGAAGCCAUGGGGUCUUUGCACUCGUGCGACGUGGACGAGUGGAGCGCGCGCGUGCGGGGGUAUAGGUGUGUGGCCAUCUGCGACGCCGUGUCUGAAGCUGAGUUAAAGGCCAUCGACGACGCCUGUAGGAGGGAGAACGUGUGCCUCGUGGCUUGUGAAUCGAGGGGGGUCUGCACGUCGCUGUUCUGCGACUUUGGCGACGACUGGACAGUGACCGACGCCGACGGCGAGCCCGGCGCGGCCUGCUUAGUCGCGUCCAUCACGCAGACGAAUCCCGCGCUGAUCACGGUCGUCGACGAACAGCGCCACGGUUUAGAAGUGGGCGACAUCGUAUCGUUAACGUCGUGUGUGGGCUGCGACGCCCUCAACGAGAGAGAACUGAAAGUUUUGAGGGUCUGCUCGCCUUACAGUUAUGAAGUAGACGCCGACGCGUCUUCCACCACACCCUACGUGUCGUCGGGCUACGCGCAGCACAAGAAGGGCGGCAAGGUCAUACAACACAAGCCCUACGGGUCGACCUUCGACGACGAUUCAUUCUUACGUUGCGAUUUCGCGAAGUUCGAGCGGCCGCCGACGCUCCAUAAUGCCUUCACGGCGUUGCGCAAGUGGCGCUCUUCCAAUGGAGGAGCCUUCCCUGCCGAGAAGGAUGCUGAUGCUGUGGUAGCUUUGUUCGACAAGACGUCCGAGGACAAGAGCGAGGAGGUCUGCCGCGACUUGGCGCUGACUUCUGCAGGUGAUUUGUCGCCGAUGGCGGCCUUUUUAGGAGGUGUUGCCGGUCAGGAAGUGCUCAAGGCGUGCACGGGCAAGUUCGCUCCUGUCUCCCAGUACCUCUACCACGACUGCCUCGAGGCCUUACCUGAAAGCGCAGACCGCACGCCCAAGAACGACAAGAACGACUCCGUCCGCGUUAUUUUUGGUAAUGACAUGGUCGCCAAGUUAGCGAAACUAGAUUAUUUUCUGGUGGGCGCCGGCGCCAUCGGCUGCGAGGUCCUCAAGAACUGGAGCCUCAUCGGUCUUGGGGAGAAGAGUGCCGGUGGCAAAAUUCUAGUUACCGACAUGGAUAGAAUUGAAAAAAGUAACUUGUCGCGACAGCUCUUAUUCAGAAGCUCUGAUAUCGGCCACGCGAAGUCGACGCGAGCGGCCCUAGCCGCUCAACAACUGAACCCUUGUAUCAAUGUGGAAGGCAUUGAAAAGAGAGUAGGUGCCGAUUCCGAAGACGUCUUCGACGACAAGUUCUGGAGCUCGUUAGAUGGUGUCUGCACGGCCCUCGAUAAUGUGGACGCGCGAUUGUACGUCGAUUCGAAGUGCUUGUUCCAUCAUAAACCGCUCCUAGAGUCGGGAACCCUAGGAACGAAGGGCAACACGCAAGUCGUCGUUCCUCGUCUCACCGAACACUACGGGGCCACGCGGGACCCCCCCGAGAAGUCCAUCCCCGUCUGCACUUUAAAAAACUUCCCCAACAAGAUCGAGCACACGCUGCAGUGGGCGCGGGACUGGUUUGCUUGCGGUGUGGAGGUCCAUGAGCCGCGGCGAUGGCGUACUGGUGGCGUAGAAGCACUUUCGACGACGGCGCGCCGACGCCAAGCUCCGCACGCCAUCGCCGCGACGCGCCCUAGGAGAUUGCCUCACGCCAUCGACGCGCCAUCGACGCGACGCCGUCCCCGAACCUAGAUCCACGCAGGUUCGAAGGAGCGUUCAAACAAGUACCGGAUGAUGUCAACCAGUUCCUCAAGGCCGGCAACGACGCCUUUGCGCAAGAACUCAACAGUCAACCGAACACGAAACUAGAUACGGCUCUGCGAGUCAAGACGAAUUUAGUGGACCAGAGGCCGUCGUCGUAUCAAGACUGCGUGGCUUGGGCUAGACUAGAAUUCCAGCAGUGCUUCCACGACUCCAUCGCGCAGUUGCUCCACAACUUCCCGGCCGACCAGGUGACGGCGUCCGGCGCGCCGUUCUGGUCCGGUGCCAAACGAGCUCCCACACCGCUCCAGUUCGACGCCAACGACGCGACGCACCUCGAGUACAUCCGGUCCGCCGCGGACCUGCGAGCUUAUAACUACGGGUUAAAAGGCUCCGACGCCCCAGAGCACUCUGAGACAUAUAUCAAGAAGGCGUUGUCCAACGUCAUGGUGCCCGAGUUCAGGCCCAAGGAAGGUAUUAAAAUAAGCGCCAACGAGGCGGAGGAGAAGAAGCGCCAGGAGGAGGAGGCUUCCUCGUCCAUGAUUGACGUCGAUCAGGAAACUUCCAGAAUCCUCAAGGAGCUGCCGUCGACGACGUCGCUGGCGGGCAUGCGGCUGGAGCCCUGCGAGUUCGAGAAGGAUGACGAUUCGCACAUGGCCUUUGUGGCGGCUUGUAGCAAUUUGCGCGCUCGGAACUACAAGAUUCCCGAGGCGGACGUGCACCAGUCGCGCUUGAUCGCCGGGAAGAUUAUUCCCGCGAUCGCUACUACGACGGCGUUGGUCGCUGGUUUGAUCACGAUGGAGCUGUUCCACCCGUGCAUAAAUCAACCAGUGCAUCGAACGCGCCGUGAACUUUUGAUGUCCACGCAGGUUCAAACUCCUGCAGGACAAGCCUCUCGAGGCUUACAAGAGCGCCUUCGCGAACCUCGCGAUCCCGAUCUUCUCGAUAACGGAGCCGCAGGCGCCGAAAACCACGGUCAGCAAGAUUCCCGGCGGCAGACGUAAAGGUGAAGAGUGGGCGUGGAGCCCCUGGGACUGCAUCGAGUUGUCCGAUCCGUCACUAACUCUCAAACAGCUCGUCGAUUACUUCCAGGACGAGUACGGCCUCGAGCUCAACAUGUUGAGUUACGGAGUUUCCAUUUUAUUUUCUAGUUUCGCGAACGCGAAGAAAGUGAAGAAGCGCAUGCCCAUGGCUCUUACGGACGUGAUUGCCGACGUGACGAAGGCUCCCGUGCCUUCUCAUAAAAAGUACCUCGUGUUGGAAGCGAUGUUGCAAGAUGAGGACUUCGAGGAGGUCGAAUUGCCUUAUGUUCGGCUGAAGCUGUUCUGAGGUAGGCGCCCCCCCUCUCAAGGAUAAGUAACAUGCGCGGGUCUCACGCGCGGGUUUCGCGAGCGGCAUUCAUUCAA